AUGCAGAUAGAGAAAGGGGUGGUGGUAGAUCCUGGGAGCCAGAAGGCUUUUCCUAAGAAGCAAGGCCCUCGGGCCCCUUUAACCGGGCGGCGGAAGGGGCGGCCGGGGGAUGUGGCGGCGCCCAAUGGGCUGCGCGGAGCGUCACUUCCCGGCGGCGGGAGGCGAGUGGCGAGUGGCGAGUGUCGGGCCGGCUGGCGGGGGCGGGGCGGCCGAGGAGGCGUUGGCAGCGGGCUCGGACCCACGCGGCGCUGCGGCCCGCCUGGCCUGCAACGCUCCUACCGGCUCGGCGGCACGAUGCCCUUUGACUUCAGGAGGUUUGACAUCUACAGGAAGGUGCCCAAGGACCUCACGCAGCCGACAUAUACUGGUGCCAUUAUCUCCAUCUGCUGCUGCCUCUUCAUCCUCUUCCUCUUCCUGUCAGAGCUCACCGGAUUCAUCACGACAGAAGUGGUGAAUGAGCUCUACGUCGAUGACCCAGACAAGGACAGCGGAGGCAAAAUUGACGUUAGUCUCAACAUCAGCUUACCCAAUCUGCACUGUGAAUUGGUCGGGCUUGACAUCCAAGAUGAGAUGGGCAGACAUGAAGUGGGCCACAUCGACAACUCUAUGAAGAUCCCACUGAACAAUGGAGUUGGCUGCCGCUUCGAGGGCCAGUUCAGCAUCAACAAGGUCCCCGGCAACUUCCAUGUGUCCACACACAGUGCCACAGCCCAGCCACAGAACCCGGACAUGACACAUAUCAUCCAUAAGCUCUCCUUUGGGGAUACACUACAGGUCCAGAAUGUUCACGGAGCUUUCAAUGCUCUCGGGGGAGCAGACAGACUCACCUCCAACCCCCUGGCCUCCCACGACUACAUCUUGAAGAUUGUGCCCACAGUGUAUGAGGACAAGAGUGGCAAGCAGCGCUACUCCUACCAGUACACAGUGGCCAACAAGGAGUAUGUUGCCUACAGCCACACCGGCCGCAUUAUCCCCGCCAUCUGGUUCCGCUAUGACCUCAGCCCCAUCACGGUCAAGUACACAGAGAGAAGGCAACCGCUGUACAGGUUCAUCACCACAAUCUGUGCGAUCAUCGGUGGGACCUUCACUGUCGCCGGCAUUCUGGACUCCUGCAUCUUCACAGCCUCAGAAGCGUGGAAGAAGAUCCAGCUGGGCAAAAUUCACUGACCUCCUGCUCAGCCCAGUGACUGAGGACCAGGAACCCUGCUAGUCCUGCCUCCAGCGUCCUAUCUCCUUCUGCCUUCUCUGGCCCAGUGUGUAUGGGAGGAGGGGGGUGAUGGUAACAGGUGGCACCAGGUUCCGCACCUACCUCUCUCCCCAUGUUUUAGAUAAAUUAACACUGCCUGGAGUCAUGGUGUCCCUUUUCCUGCAGAGCCCCAAGACCAGGGUCAGGCAUAGGGAGGUACUCCGGGGAUGCUGGUGACCUCUCGUGGGAAGGCUGUAGUCUUUUCUCCGUUAGGGAAGAGCCUAGAGUCCAAACAGACAAACUUUCAGACAGGCUUUGACAAUCCUUAAGCCCCACCAUUUGGACAUGCUAACAGCUUGAUUUGUCCGCUGGGCAGCCAACCUGCGCUCUCAGCCUUGGGACCACACUGCCCAAGGUCCUGCUGCUUGACACUUUCGACAUGGAACGGUACUUGGCAGGGAAGCCUGUAGACACGGCACUGUAGCUGCAACUUGCUUCUGCCUCAUUGCUUCACACCCAACCUAGAGCCUGGGUCUUUAUCUCCUACCCCAACCCUGCCUCCUACGGAACAGAUGCCCAGUUGCUUGGCAGAAUGGUGGAGACUCAGAUUUACCCACCAGUCCUGAGGCAGCUCACAGGUGCCCCUUCCUCUCUUGUCUUUGCUCUUCUGAAUCCCCCACCAAUGUGCCUCAGCUGCUGUGCUAUGCGGCAAUAGCAUUGCUUGGUGAAGGGGCUGGUUCCCAUGGCAACUACCACCCUCCCCCCACCCCACCCCCCGCCCAGUUACAUUCUGCAGUGCCAAGGGAUAGGGCCAUGUGACUGGAAGGUCAUCCUUGGAUGGCCACAUAAGGCACAGUUUGUACAUUUUGUCCAAACCUGAAGCAUCCCUCCCCAUGAACCACAAAUGAUCAUGUCUUGAUGUCCACCUUUGGCCCCAAGGCCUUAGCUGGGGAAAUGAAGCAGUCGAGUUUCUUCUCUUUGCAUCUCUACCUUGCAGGCUCCCAAAGGAUGCCCAGCAUCUGGGACCCACUUGCUAUUGAGAUCCCCUACUAGCUGAGCACAUGCCAACUCAUUCUUAGCCCCAGGGGGCUCCAGUGUCUCCCCCAUUUCCCCUUUCCUGUUUCUCCCUCAUCCUUCCCUUUUUUUCCUAAAGGGAGGGGCAGUGGUCCAGGCAUGAAUUCCAUGCAGAGAAUUUUAGCUAUGCUCUCACGUCCAGAGAGAGAGCCACAGGCCUGGGCUUCGUUUAUAUCGAGAUUGUUUGCAUACUUUUGUAAUGACGGGAGUCUCCAGUAGGAAGUUUUGGGGGUUUUUUGUUUUUGUUUGGUUUUGUUUUUGUUUUUCUUGAUCUCUUAUGGGUAGCUGGAUUCUCUGCCAUUUGUAAUUUUUGCCUCUGAUUCUAAUUAGCAAAGUUUCCCUUUUUAUAUGAGUUGACUCUUAUUGUGUAUGUAAACUGCCCCUGAGUUAUUUCUGGUAUCUGUCCACUUGGCUAGAUUUCUUAACUUCUUUUAAACAUUUUGUUCCACAGUUUAAGAAACCAGUCCGUUUGUGUGAAUCUGUCACCUGUGGAGGGUGGGGCAGGGUGGGAUGGGGUGGGAACUGUGUGGCAUGCAUAUGCGUUGAAAUCCCACUUUUGUAAGGACACAGGGGAUGUCAGUUUCCCGUGGAAGAGACGCCUCUGGCCUGUUGUUCUUGUAAAGGCAUUCUCAAAGGGACAUAUGCUUUGAUUCUUUCCCACUCACUGGGUUCAAUUAGAUAUUAAAAGCUGCUUUUCAGAAAUAUU